AUGAGAACAGCGAACAAUGACAGCAUGUCGCCGCUGCGAGCGAUGACCCUGGGCGCCGGGGGCCAGCCGGGCCACCGAGCGCGCCACAACCCGCCCACCAAAUACUUCGCAAAACACACGCUUAUUAGGCUCUAUUUACACUCAUUAUACAUCAUGCGCCACGCCCUAGAACAAACCAGAAUCCUCCCGAACUUUAAUUUUCCAAAGCAUCCGCUCGUCAAGUUAAAAGUACAUCGAACUACUGUGUUCAAAAUACGGUUGUUAGUGAAAGCGUUAGUGGAGGUGAUAUCCAAGUGUACAGUGAUCGCGACCCGCAAGCUUUGGGUCCGGGUUCUAUUGUUAAUCUGUUUCGGCACUUUUUGUGAGGCAAAACGGGAUGAUGAUUUGCAUAUAGGGGGUAUUUUUCCUAUGGAGGGCGAAGGCGGUUGGCAAGGUGGCCAAGCGUGUAUGCCCGCCGCUGAGUUAGCGCUGGCAGAUGUCAACGCGAGAUCUGAUUUGCUUUCGGGAUUUAAAUUGCUUCUACACAGCAACGACAGUAAGUGCGAGCCAGGCUUGGGAGCCAGUGUCAUGUACAAUUUGCUGUACAACCCUCCACAAAAGCUGCUAUUAUUGGCUGGCUGUUCAACCGUCUGCACCACGGUCGCUGAAGCGGCAAAAAUGUGGAAUCUAAUGGUGUUAUGUUACGGAGCGUCGUCGCCUGCUCUGUCAGACCGAGCGCGAUUUCCGACACUCUUCAGGACCCAUCCAUCCGCCACGGUUCACAAUCCAACGAGAAUAAAACUGAUGCAGAAGUUUGGAUGGUCGCGUAUCGCCAUACUACAACAGGCCGAAGAAGUCUUUAUAUCAACUGUUGAAGAUUUAGAAGCGCACUGCAAGAAGACAGGCAUAGAAAUCGUCACAAGACAGUCAUUUCUAUCUGAUCCAAGUGAUGCUGUGCGCAACCUUCGGAGACAAGAUGCGAGGGUGAUCGUUGGGCUGUUUUACGUGGUAGCUGCGAGACGAGUCCUAUGCGAAGUUUAUAAGCACAAACUCUACGGAAAGUCUUACGUCUGGUUUUUUAUAGGUUGGUACGAAGAUAACUGGUUCGAGACGAACUUGGAGCGAGAAGGUAUCGAAUGUACAGCGGAACAAAUGCGAGAAGCAGCAGAAGGCCACCUCACAACAGAAGCUCUUAUGUGGAACCAAAACUCCAACCAGACCACCAUAUCCGGAAUGACGUCAGAGGACUUCCGAUUUCGCUUAAACGAAGCACUGCGAGAGGCUGGAUAUGAUAUAGCUCGUGAAAAAUUUCCAGAAGGUUACCAGGAAGCUCCGUUGGCGUAUGACGCUGUUUGGGCUGUUGCAUUAGCAUUUAAUAAAACAAUGGAGAAACUAGAGAAGAGCGGGCUCAGCUUGAAAAAUUUUACAUACACGAAUAAAAAGAUUGCAGAUGACAUAUACGAAGCUAUCAACUCCACUUCUUUCCUGGGUGUGUCGGGAUUAGUGGCGUUCUCCUCUCAGGGCGAUCGAAUAGCGCUGACGCAGAUAGAACAGUUGUACGACAACCAUUACGUAAAGCUGGGAUAUUACGACACACAAGCAGAUAACCUUACUUGGCUGGAACGCGAACGGUGGGUUGGGGGCAAAGUUCCACCAGAUCGAACAGUGGUGGUUAAUGAGCUACGCACCGUGUCACUACCUCUAUUUGCUUGCAUGACUGCAUUGUGCAUCGCCGGCAUCCUUGCAGCGGUCGCCCUAAUUGUAUUCAACAUCAUGCACAGACAUAGACGGGUGAUCCAGUGGUCGCACCCAGCUUGCAACACUGUUAUGUUGUGUGGGUGUUGUGUUUGCUUCGGGUCCGCUAUAGCCCUGGGCGUGGACGGACGGUGGGUUCAACCGCAGCAUUUUUCCGGGCUUUGCGCGGCGAGGGCAUGGCUCCUGGCUAUGGGCUUCUCUAUGGCCUAUGGUGCGAUGUUUACGAAGGUGUGGCGAGUACACAGACACACUACAAAGCCGAAAGCCGAAUCAAAGAAACGCAUGCACGGCUGGAAGCUGUACACAAUGGUGGGAGGUCUCCUUAUAGUGGACGUCGCGAUAUUAACCGCGUGGCAGAUCCGGGACCCACUGCAGAGGCGGGUCGAGGUAUUUUCCCUGGAAGCGCCCCGGCAUAACGACGACGACGUCCACAUUCGACCAGAGCUCGAACACUGCGAGAGCGAACAUAAUGCUGUAUGGCUGGGUGUAAUGUACGGCUACAAAGGUCUAGUGCUAGUCUUCGGUCUGUUUCUGGCCUAUGAGACUCGUUCGGUUAAAGUGCGGUCAAUAAACGACUCCCGAUACGUGGGCAUGAGCAUCUACAAUGUCGUGGUGUUGUGUCUCAUCACCGCACCAGUCACCCUGGUGAUCGCCAGCCAACAGGACGCGGCGUUCGCCUUCGUCUCCCUUGCGAUAGUCUUUUGCUGCUUCCUCAGUAUGGCGCUUAUAUUCAUUCCCAAGGUAAUAGAAGUAAUCAGGCAUCCUACUGAACGAGCUGAAAGCAGCCGCGGUUCGGGGUCAGGCUCUGCCCCAGCUGAUGAAGAACAUUAUAGAGAACUAGUAAAAGAAAAUGAAGAACUACAAAAACUUAUUGCGCAGAAAGAAGAACGAAUUCGCGUGCUGAAACAGAAGUUAGCUGAGCGUGAGGCAGCAGCAGCGGAUGGAGUGACGCAAGGUACGGGUGGAGUGAUCGCCGACUUGGCGACCGCCACCUCAGACUAUGGCACAUCCACAAAUUACACGCGCUCCUCCCGAGCCUCCGUCUCCGAUCUAGACUUCUCUGAGAGCUAUCUCUAA